AAUCGUGCACCUUUCAUGAUGGCCCCACGAAAACCUUUCCCAAAAGAUAAUAAAAUAUUCCUUAAAUCACGAAGAAAAACAAUGCAAACCAUAUAAAAGACAAUACCGGUUAGGCAGAACAUCAGUCUUUAGUUCGUCAAGAUGAAGUCAGCUUUGGUAUUCCUUUCAGUCAUCGCACUCAGCUGUGCCCUUACCUUUGGUACCGGCAAGCAAGUCACCAUCAACGACGAUGGCACUCUCACCAUCUUGGGAGAAAAUGGUAAGAAAAUCGUCAUCUCAAACGCCAUUGGAGGCACUGGACCAAAAGACAUUGAAAUCUCAAUCAAUGGACCAUACGGAGCAGUCAAGAAGAUCUCAGUAAAUGGCGAAACCAACGAAAGAACCAUCAACCUCGUCGAACCAAGCUUGUCUGAGCAAUACAACACUGACGAAGAAGACAGAGCCAAGAGAAGCAGCUCCACCAAAGACAAAAAAGACAGCAAAAACUCCAAAGACACCAAAGAGUACAAAGGAAAGGAAGGAAAAUCGAAAACUCAAGCUCAAUUAUUACAGGAAAUCUUCAGCGAACACCAAGAGGCAACCGAUGCCAAGUCCUAUGGAGAACUCUUAACCAAAGUCGACUACUACGUAAAAUCUGGUCAGCUUAGCGCUGGUGUUUAUGACGUCAUCCGCAGCUUGAGAGACUUCAACAACGGUGUUACUCAGUAUGGAAACCAACAACCACUUAGAAAUCCUGGAUACCCCGUAGACACCACAGUACCCUCAUACUACCAAUCACCUGAGCAGUACCCAUACCCUUCAUACUCCCCUUACGGAUAUGGAUACAACAACUACAACAAUCUUGGUGGAUACGGAGGAGCUUACGGUGUUAACCAAGGACUCUACCCAUCAGGAAUUAGUGCCACUCCUGCCAACCCCUGGUCCAACAUGUGGUCCUCCUUGGCCCAACAAAAAAUUGCUGGCAAAUCAUACACUCCCUCAACCGACAAGACCUACUAAAGACUGUAGAAAAAUAUACCUCUUUAAUUAUUAAGUAAAAAAAGUAAUAAAAGUUAAAAAUACUUUGUUAA